AUCGCUUACAUCCAUGAGAGUCCGUCAUUCGAUAGUCGUUUCUUUUUUCUCUCUUUCUUUUCAUUUCACUCAAAAAGUCACGAUCAUUAUCAUUGUUGUGUUAUUAUUGGUCCGAAAUUCCCAUAAGUGUUACGAAACUUGAAUUAGAUGCAUGUGAGCUUAAAUAAUUGGCCGUGUUUACGAGCUUGGCGGUGCUUAGUUGGAUGCCAGCUCAUCGAAUGAUAGCAUUUUGAAAGACCGAUAGUAGUAGCGUAUACAUAUUGUAUAUACAUGUGAAUUUGCACAUGUGCGUGCUCUUGUGUGUGCGUAUGCGUGAGUGUUUCGAAACAGUGAUAUACCUUUUAGCGCUUAAUUGCACAAUACAUGCUCAAACAUUAUAAUAAAAUUAUUAUACUCUAUAAAUAGGCCUGUAUAGGUAGACUACAUAAAAGGCGUUAUUGACUUAAUGGACGAGCUCGUCGUACGCACGCGAGACAUCGAAACAUCCACUCACUGGAAUGCGAUUGUAAUCGUAUUUUACUUUCGUUUCAUCGAUGAUUUUGUUUGCUUCUACCGGAAUAUUAAUUUGCUCGCAGCCUCGACUAAUGUCAUUACGCAGUAUCCCCUCACUAUAACUUAUUGUGUUUAGAAAAUAUUCUAUUAGAGCCGAGAUGUUUGGGUAUUUUUAUUUUAAAAAAUAAUGAACUUAUCUGAGAAAUUAUCUGCAAAGCAGUUUUUAUCAAUCUUGAGCUGAGUUGGAGGAUAAAGAGAAAAUAUUGCAUAAUCAUUGCAUGAUGUUUAAAAAGAACAGCGAGCUUUUCAUCGAGUUUGUAUUUCCGUCGAAAUUUUACAAACAGUGACGAUUAAACAUAUUGGGUUCAGUCUAUUUGCAAUUUUGUGAUAGUAAUUUGUAAUAGUAUCUAACUCAUUGCUGACGGGUGAAAAAGAGCGAGCUCGAGCAACCGAACAGUCGCUGCAGGCAUAAAAUUGCAGUUUCGAAAUGCUAAACGGAUCGCUCAAUGCCUACGAGUGCGUGGAUACUCCACAAGCAACGUCGAGCCAGAUGCAGGCGGCUUCGCAGUCAUCGUCAACCAGCAGUCCAAGAGUUCCCACGCAUUUAUCGAUCGAUUUGGAGAGCGGCGCGACCGAGAGCGAAUAUGGUCCUCAGCGUGGCAGAUCGCAGAGCCUGCGCCGUCAAAGCAUAUCUCUGAACGCCGUUUUAAAUAACCAUCGACGCGCAUUGUUCGGUGCGCUGUUCACGCGCGUCGGCAGCAACAUGUCCUUGCCGUCGUGCGUGCAGGACCAAGAAGCUCUGAGCAUGGAAUUGAACGAGGCAUCCAUAUCCUCUAGCAGCAAGAGCAAUCGUCCGGUAGACCCGGAGUCGACGAGUCGACCAAUACUGUUGCAAUUGACGUCCGCCACACCGAUCGUCAACGUCAACGGCGCGGCUGCCACUGCCGUCCACAAUUUACCGCUCGCAAAUCUCAAUCUCGACAAAGAUAAAAGUAGAAACAGUUUCACGGGGGCUGGAUCCGGGCCGGACGAUCCAUCUGGAGGACAUGCCAAGCAGCAGCAGCAGCAGCGGCAUACACGGCUGAGACAACAGCAAGCGCAACUGAUGUCGAGCAUAAGUACCCUCUACGCGAAAUUGCUCGUAGUCGUGGGCGUAGCCGUGCCAGUGACGGCCAGCGUCAGCCAGCAAGUACCUGCAGCACUCGACCAGGGCUUCUACCUGUACCUGUACUUGGGCAGCGUGGCGUUCGUCGUGGCCAUUUACACGACUCUGCUGCGAGACAAGGCCCUGAAGAAGAUGAUCGUGAAGCACGUGAGACACGAGAGCACGUACAGCUUCGUCGAGUCGCAGCAGCUGCACCAGAAGAAGGAGCAGGUCGAGUCGACGGCCAUCGAGAUCAACUGCAAGUGCGGCCAGCUGGCCAUGGCCGAGAGGAUGCAGCGCCAACAGCGGGCCGCGGAGCCGGCUCUGGGACAGCCGUAUCGAACCCAGCAGUACGGCAGCUUCUGCCUGAGACUCGGGGCGGUGGGCUUCGGCGCCGGCAGUCUCGUGUUCACCGGAUUGCAGAUCGGCGCCGAGCUCAGCAACGGUCCGUUUCGGGCUCUGAUACCGGCCUCGCGCCUCCUGCUCGUCACCGCUCAGAUGCACUUCAUCUUUCUCAACAGCAAAGACCUCGAGCUGACGAGGCACGCGGCCUUCGCCAAGCUCGGCCUGAUGCACCUCAUAGCGACCAACAUCUGCGAGUGGCUGCAGGCAUUGGUGGAAGAGACUCAGUACGAGAUGGAGCAAUUGGAGCACUCGCUGGAGCGCGACAACAGCAUAUUCAUCAAGCUGCUGAGGGACGCGAGCCCCUUUCUGUUUCCCUGCACGAUCGAGUUCAGUCUCAUUUGCGCCGUCAUACUGUUCGAGAUGUGGAAGAGGAUCGAUCAGCGCAAGCACGCCGAGGCCAACGCGCACCUCAUCGGCGGCAGAUCGGUUCAUCAGCUCAGCAUCGAUUGCGGUAGUGCGCACAGGGGCCUCUUUGGCGGUAUACUCGUGGUCGCCGCCACGGUACUGAGUCUCAUCAUGUUUUUCGUUCUGCGCGAGACCAAUCCGCAGAUGGCCAUCGAGCAGGUGACGUCGCUCGAGGCCGCCAUACAGACAGCAGGUAUGAUAGCGUCGGUCGGGGGUGCGCUCAAGUUACGAUCGCUGGAUCACCGUAAUACGAAGCCACCUCAUCUCGACUCGACGCUGCUGACCGCAGCUCAAGCCGGCGUCUAUCUUCACUGCAUCUUCGGGGCUGUCGGCAGCAUUUUGACGCGCGGCCCGACCUGGAUCAUAUGCUUGGCCGCCAAUUUUCUCGCUCUCCUGCAGAGCACGACUCAGACCAUUCUCAUACAGAUCGCCUGGCGGAGACGCUCGAGAUCCAACGAAAAGCCCGGCAAGGAGCUCAUCACUUUCCUCAUUGUGGUCAAUAUCGCCAUGUGGGCGGUCAAUUCGUUGGAGAAGUCUCGAGCUGGUGUCAGGCCUGAUCAUCUGGAAUUUUUUGGCAUCUGGGCUUGGACCAUCAUAACUCACCUCUCCAUACCGCUGGCAAUAUUUUACCGCUUCCAUUCGGCUAUAUGCUUGUUCGAGGUGUGGAAGAGCUGCUACAAGUACAGGCCGCUACUGCUCGGCUCGCCUCUCAGCCACCAUAUCAAAUGAAAAUUAUCUCUUUUUUUUUCUAUUCUCAAUAAAUGUCUGUCGUUUAAGAUUAA